UAAGAUUGCUUGGAAAUAUAGCUUGACAUUCCUCUCAAAUCUUUAUCUGUGGUGAACGAGUGACGCUUUGAUAGUAGUAGUAUUUGUCUUGGAUCAUUUGUUUAAACCCAUCUCAGUGUUCAGCUGGUAUGGAAGAUGGAUCUGCUGUCUUCAGGACUGGUGUUUUAUUUAUAGAAACAGAGAUGACUCCAGUGUGGGGCGAUUGAUGAUAAACGUCCAGCCUUUUUUAAAGGUUUGACAUGAUUUAAUGACACAAUGACCCGCUUUCUAGUCUGCAUGUUCACUUUGCUUCAUAUAUGUCUGAAGCCAUCUAAAGCAAUUCUUUCUCCUCCAAAGAAUCUGACUGUGAGAUUAUUGGAUUUUAAGGCUAUAGCUGAAUGGCUUCCUGGACAAGGAAAUCCUCUAGAUACCAGAUACACCUUGGAGUUUAUAACUGCACAAAAAAUGUCUGGAGGAAAGUGGAAUCACACUCAACACUGCACGAACACAGCCAUACUGAAAUGCCAACUGACUUUUGAUGGGCAACCUAAUGAACUUUAUUUUUGGAAUUAUUUUGUGAGGGUCAAGACAACAUUUAAAGGAAAGAGCUCCAACUGGACAACUACAUCAAAGUCUUUCCAGCCAUAUGGAGACACACUCCUGAGUCCCCCGAUUGUAAAAAUCUCAACUGAACAAAAGUCCAUUAAAAUUAACUUUAGUCAUUGGCUGGAAUUAAAACCAGAGGUCAAACCACUGGAAUACCUGCUGUAUCUUUUUGAGAGCAGUCCUGCAGGGGAAUUAAAGUUUGUAGCUAUGAUAUCAACGUAUGAAUCUCCUUACAUUUUUCAUGAUGUGCCAUCUGGCAGGAACUAUUGUGUUAGUGUUUCUGCAACUCAUCAACAAGCCUCGAGGGACAAUAACUUCAACACCACCAAAUGUAUUUUUCUAUUAGAUUCUACUAAAAGCUUUGUGCUAGUGGUGUGCAUUGUGGCCAUGCUGCUGAUUACUUUUUCAACUGGGAUUUUUUUGCCUUUUGGUUGUUUUUACCACAUGAGGCUUCAAAUCAAGAAUCUCCGCAUUCCAAAACCUUUGAUUGUUAUUCCAGGAUAUAAAAGGGUCCUAAAACCAACCCCUGAGGAAUCCCAGCCAAUCACAGUGACCCCACCAAAAAAAGAAAUGAACGCAGAGAGACGUUUUUCUUCAUCCGAGGAAGACUCCAAGGAUGGCUCUGUGUUCUAUCAACCGAGAGAAAACUUUACAUUAUCCAUCGCCAGUGUCAACCCACCAGAGCAAGAUGAGGAGGCUGAGGCAUCAAAUCAGUAUGAUAAGUACACACUGGCUAAUGAUAUAGAAGAUAGUGAAGAAAAUGAAAUAUCUGAAAUGGAUGAUGAAAGUAUGCAUUCAGGUAGUGAGUCUGAAUCAGCAUCUCUCUGUGAUAAUACUUUAAACAAUUCAAGAUCAUCCCAAAUACUACAAACGGUUACCAUGAACAUGUUUGUAAACUCAGAGAUGGAUAGCAAUUAUGCAGAAGAAACUCUUUUCUUUUCUUCUGGCAGUGGCUAUGAAAGAGAAGUCCCUGCUGAAGAGGAGGAGGAUAGCUUAUUUUUGUUUGAUUCUAACUCAGAGAGUGGUUAUGAACCAAGACAUGAUAUGACAAGCAUUAUAAACAUCCAAAUCUCUAGUAUCUAAACUAUGAAGGCCCUUAAAGAGGAUAUAUAUAUCCAGAACCAACUUCCAAAGGUG